CCGUCGGUGGCCUCGGCCGCUGCUGCUGCCUCCAGCGGCGGCAAGCCCAAGAGCAGCUUAGUGAAGCCUCCGUACUCGUACAUCGCCCUCAUCACCAUGGCCAUCCUGCAGAGCCCGCAGAAGAAGCUGACGCUGAGCGGCAUCUGCGAGUUCAUCAGCAACCGCUUCCCCUACUACCGGGAGAAGUUCCCCGCGUGGCAGAACUCCAUCCGGCACAACCUGUCGCUCAACGACUGCUUCGUCAAGAUCCCCCGCGAGCCGGGCAACCCGGGCAAGGGCAACUACUGGACGCUGGACCCGCAGUCCGAGGACAUGUUUGACAACGGCUCGUUCCUGCGCCGGAGGAAGCGCUUCAAGCGGCACCAGCAGGAGCAGCUGCGCGAACAGACAGCGCUCAUGAUGCACAGCUUCGGCGCUUACAGCCUGGCCGCCGCCGCCGCCUCGGCCGCCGCCGCCGGGCCCUACGGCAGAGCCUAUGGCCUGCCCCACGGCGCCUACCCGCACCCGGCCGCCGCCCUGCAGUACCCUUACAUCCCCCCCGUCGGGCCCAUGCUGCCUCCCGCCGUGCCGCUGCUGCCGUCCAGCGAGCUCAGCCGGAAAGCCUUCAACUCCCAGCUUAGCCCCAGCCUGCAGAUCCAACUCAGUGGACUCAGCGCUGCCGGAUCCGCAGCCGCCGCCGCAGCCGCUGCAGCCGCCGCCGCAGCCGCGGCCGCAUCGUCGGGGGUGAAAGCCGAGCCCAGCAGUCGGCCGUCGUUCAGCAUCGAGAACAUAAUCGGCUGCGUCGGCGGGCCGGCCGCUACGUCGUCGGCCGCCAGCGCGCAGACUUUCCUCCGGCCGCCGGUCACCGUGCAGUCCGGCCUCCUGGCGCACCAGCCGCUCUCGCUGGCGCGGAGCACGGCGGCCAUCGCACCUAUCCUCAGCGUGCCCACGAACAUUAUCUCGGGACAGUUCUUACAGCCCGCCGCCUCUGCCGCGACCGUGCAGGCGAAGUGGCCGGCGCAGUAGGCUCGACGGGGCCCCCGCGGGAUGCUUCCCCUCUCGCGCUCCUGCUCUUAGUACGGUUCUUGGUUUUUUUAUAAUAAGAAACGGUCGUAAAGAUUUUCUACCCGACGUCGCCGGAGAGAGCAGAGACUACGAAGAAGAACGGAACACGGCAAAGUCCACGGACUUCUUGGGACUCCAGUCGCUUGCUCCUGGACGGCGCCCUCUUGGAGGCCGAACCGUUGCACGGACGCUUCUCCAGCGCUUAAAAAAUCUCGCGCUCCCGCUCACACGUACAAAAAGGAAUGCUGUGUCUGUCUGUGCAGGUAAAAAAAAAGCCCAACGCUCAAAAACUCCACGGCAAAGUACAGUAUUUGUACAUAUUUGUAUUCAGGCGAAAGCGGGAGGCAAAAAAACUGGCUUCCCUUUUGCGGUUUUUAUUUUUUUAAAAAGGAGCCACAUUUGUGGGGGAAAUAAAGGAAACGCGCGCUCGCACGCAAAGGAUUGGGAGCCCCGAACUUUCACUUUUGUUGAAGGUUCUUAUUCUCCUCGGUCGUUUCCUUCGGCAGGGGAAAAAUAAGCCCGAACACACACCUGAAUAAUGAGGGGAGGCAUUUUGAUUUUGGAUAGGAGAAAAAGAAAAGAACAAAAAGAAAUCGAGCAAAAAAUGAAAUACUGUAGGGGAAUUCCCCUAUCGUUCCAUUAUAGAAGUCUGUUUAUAUAUGAAUGAAUAUAUGUAUUCUAAAUGUUAUCCCUUCCUGUUGUACACAGCUUUGUAAAUAAAUUUUUAAA